AGCUACAUUCCCAGGCCUUUCAUUUAGAGACAGGACCUUGCUAAGUCGCUAUGUUGCCCAGGCUGGGCUUGAAUUUGCCAGCGAUCCUCCUGCCUUAGUGAUAAAACUCUUAAAAACGAUGGACAAAGGGCGCCCCCUGCUGCCCAUUGCGACGCCUGCCGCGGUUCGAGUCCCUGCCGGGUGCUGGGGUCUGGGCACGGCCCUGGGAGCCAUGGCCGAGGCGCAGGAGCAGUGGCUGCCGCUGCAGAAGGACAACCGCGACGGCCGCCUGCAGAAGCAGGAGCUGGAAGAACUGAUGCGAGGCCUGGAGUCCGAGAGCGAGAGCCUCGCCGGGCGCCUGCACGAACUGCGCGAGCGGGAGCGCAGGUGCGCGGGGGGCGCCGCUCCGCGGAGCGGUCGGGCUGACCCGCCCGGUCCGCACCUCCGACCUAGGCCGCGGGACCCAGGCGAUCUACCCAGAGGGUCCGGGAAGGGAGGCCGGUGCCUGGCACGACCCGGACCCGGCGGCUUCUUCUUCGGCUCCAACCCCCAGCCCACGCUGGUCUUUCCCGGGGGCCACAGGGGCCGCAGGAUCUUGAGCGCCCCGCACCCUUGCGUAGCACCGCCCUCAGUUUCCCUUUGCAGUUUGCAGCGGAGGCGAAGCCAGGCAGCACCGUCCCUUCCAGGGGAGGCGAGCGAGGCGGUGCGGGAGCGCGCGGAGCGGGCACUGAGACUGCUGGAGGCUGCGGAGCGGUGCAAGCUGGGGCUGAAGCAAAGCCACAGACAACUGCAGGAACAGCAGGAGGAGCUGUCCAGUCAGGACGUGCAGCGGACGGAGGAGGCCUGGGCCAGCUUCCAGGAGCAGAGCGGAGUCCUACAUGUGCUGUCGAUUUCCACCCCGAGAGCCCGUCACCUCCGAUGGCACUGCGGCCCCCAUCCCGCCAUCCCCCGACCUGCGGCGGCUGGGGCCGGAAGCUCCCCUCCCCCCAGUCCUCGCUCCCUCCCGCCAGGAGCUGCAGGGGAAGGUGAUGGAGGCGGCGGCUGCACUGGACGCCUGGCGGGGCAGCUCGGAACCGUAAGCGAGUUAGGACUGUUGGGUGCGGCGGGGCGGCUGUCGGGCCGGGGCGAUGGCCCAGCUCGGUGCCCGCCUCUGCAGGUGGGACUCGUGGGCUCACUCAUGGAGGAGGUGGCCAGGGUGGACUGCGUGAGCGCGGGUCGGGGCGGUCGGGCUGGAGCUGGAACCCGCAUCCUCUGGGGAGACCUGGGCUGCGCUGCGCCCGCGCCCCCGACACAGAAUGGGACGUGGGGCCCUUUUCUCGCAGGAGAAGCGGCUGUUCGGCGGCGCGGGCUCGGGGCGUCUCAGAUGAGCCAGGAGGCGGCUCCUGAGGCUGCGGGCCCCUUCCUCAUCCCCUCCCGGGCCUCUCUUCCUCGCUGCCCGUUUAUCCCUCUGUCCGUCGUCGCAGGCUGUGGGCGUUGGGCGCGAUACAGACCCUGGUGCUGGUUCCGCUCGUCCUGCUGGUGCUGUCGCUGCUCUACUUGGUGCUGGUGAAGCCCGACGCCAUCCGCCAGGGACUCACGUUCCUACGCUCAGACGCCGCCUUCCGCCGCCUGCGCUACACGCUGUCCCUGCUAGCUCCAGUUGCGGGAGCGCGGGCUGCUGCCUGCCUACAGCGCAUCACGCCGGCGGUGACCAUCUGCACUUCUGUCUCCUGUGUGGUU